CCUCUCAGUCAGGCGGCGGUGCGUCGAAGGGGCUUGGGUGAUGGCGGUUAAAAAAAUAAGAAUGUAAAUAUCUAUUGGCGUUUAUUUAAAUCUACCGGAUUUGUAAAUCCAUGAAGCAAAGUGUUGUGUAUUUUACCCGCCGAGGUAAUUUUCCUGCUGAAAAUCGAAAGGCGGUGUCGCCAUGAAAAUUUGCCUCAAAGUCUUAAUUUCGUCUUGUAUUUGGGAUGGAGGAUUGAAAUGGAUGGGCGAGUACGUUUUUUUAAGUCACUGAUGAAGCGGUGCAAGUCUGACGAGCUGCCCCUGGAUGAGGAGCAGGGGCCGAGGCUGGGAGCUGGUGCUGAUGCAGCGCUCAGGCAGCAAGGUGAUGCUGUUCCAGCAGAUGCAGCCUGCCCAUCGCUGUCACUGCCUCCACCAUCCCGCAACAACAGAACUCAAGACCUGAAGAAAAUUCAGCAGCUAUCUGAAGGAGGUGGUUCAGGUGGUAUGUUUGGACAUGGUCUGAAGCAACUUUUCCAUCACCGAAAACGGUCUCGGGAGCGCGAUCAGAGUAUGCAAGAAUCUUCUCAACUUUACUACCAUCCUCAUGGACACUCUGAUCAUGAUUCUGCAGAUGAAAAGGAACGAUCUCCUGAGAUGCAUCGAGUCUCUUAUGCCAUGUCCCUCCAUGAUCUUCCUGCCCGUCCCACAGCCUUCAACAGAGUCUUGCAACAGAUUCGAUCGAGACCAUCCAUCAAAAGAGGAGCCAGCCUCCAUAGCAGUAGCAGAAGGUCAAAAAGUGGUUCAACUGAAACCCAGAAAGGGAGUCCACAUCUUGUCCGAAAGGCACCUCAGGACAGUUCACUGACUGCAAUUUUGCAGCAGCAUCAGUACAGACCAAGGUCGUCAUCCACCACAGACACAGCAUUCACUGCGGGAGAGAUUGGUAUCCUCCACCCAACAGGGGAUGAGUCGGAACGAAUCACAGAUAAGUUUGAAAAGGGAGAUGUGAGUACACUCAGUUUGCCAGCAAACACCAGCCAUGGGGGCUCAGACUCCAACAUUAGCCUUGAUGUGCCCGAUGGAACGCCAGAUCCUCAUAAGACAAAAGCAGCCAUAGAACACCUUCACCAGAAGAUCUUGAAAAUCACAGAACAGAUAAAAAUCGAGCAAACUGCUCGGGAUGAUAAUGUAGCAGAAUAUUUGAAACUGGCCAACAAUGCAGACAAACAACAAGCAUCCCGUAUCAAGCAGGUCUUUGAGAAGAAGAACCAGAAAUCAGCACAGACAAUUGCACAGCUGCACAAGAAACUGGAACACUACCACAGAAAACUAAAAGAGAUCGAACAAAAUGGUCUUUCAAGGCAACCAAAGGAUGUUCUACGGGAUAUGCAGCAAGGUUUAAAGGACGUAGGCGCCAAUGUCCGAGCUGGGAUCAGUGGAUUUGGUGGCGGCGUGGUGGAAGGUGUAAAGGGAGGCCUGUCUGGUCUCUCUCAGGUCACUCACACGGCAGUAGUUUCCAAACCACGGGAGUUUGCUAGUCUAAUACGAAACAAGUUUGGCAGCGCUGACAACAUUACCCACUUGAAAGACACACUGGAUGAGUCACACCAGGAGGAGACCAGUAGGACUCUGAGUGGCAGUGCUACACUGGUGUCAAGCCCCAAGUAUGGAAGUGAGGAUGAAUGUUCCAGUGCAACCUCUGGCUCUGCAGGUGGGAGUAACUCUGGGGCAGGGGCUGGAGGCAUGGGGAGUCCCAAAUCAAAUACACUGGACAGCCAUCAUAACAAUUUUGAUACUAUCCUGGAUGAACUUCGUGAAAUUAAAGAUAGUCAGUCACAUCUGGAGGAUGCAAUGGAAGAUUUGAAAGGACAGUUACAAAGAGAUUAUGCUUAUAUGACGCAGUGUUUACAAGAAGAGCGAUACAGGUAUGAGCGCUUGGAGGAACAACUGAAUGAUCUAACUGAACUUCACCAGAACGAAAUGUCUAACUUGAAACAGGAACUUGCCAGUAUGGAGGAAAAGGUUGCGUACCAGUCAGAUGAGAGAGCCAGAGAUAUCCAGGAAGCUCUGGAGUCAUGUCUAACCCGGAUCACCAAACUGGAGCUUCAGCAACAGCAGCAGCAGGUGGUACAGCUGGAAGGGGUGGAGAACGCAAAUGCGAGGGCACUGCUGGGCAAAUUCAUCAAUGUCAUCCUGGCACUCAUGGCUGUCAUACUGGUGUUUGUCUCCACCAUAGCCAACUUCAUCACUCCUCUCAUGAAGACACGUUUCCGGGUGCUCAGCACAUUGCUGCUGGUAUUGUUCCUUGUCUCCCUCUGGAAGCAAUGGGAAAAUAUUGUGUACUUCUCAGAACAGAUCCAGUUACCCAGCUGAUCUAGACAUUUUUGAUAGCUGACAGAUUGGCGAGUUUUUUUUUAAUGCAAACAAGGUUUCUUGACCUCUUGUUUUUCUUCUCCUCCUCUCCCAUCCCACCUCAUCUCAUCAAUGUAGAUGACAUUGUUAGUUUGGUGGCCACGUGCAACAAAAUGAAUCGUGGUGCGAUGAGGCCCGAUUAGAAGGAAGAGCUGAUUGAACUACAUUAUUCUUUUCAAGAUCUUAACAAAACAGGCUGUGAUGAAUUGGUUGCGUACUGACUGAAGCGAGUAAUGAAGGAAGGCAGUUUAAGAAAGACACUGUUCAUAACGAAUUGUACCAUUUCAGUAUUUUUUUGUUUUAUUGUUAACUUAUAACAAAUAUUUAAGAGUUUUUGUGAGGGCCGGGAGAGAGUCAAUAUUAUUUGUGUGACUGAUUAUAUAUUUAUUUAUAACUAAUAUACAUUCGAUAUACCACGAAUGUUUUGCAAGAUAUCCUAAGCUUAAUCACAUUGCACAUUCCGGUUUAUGUGAAAAAAAGUCCUUGAAACUAGUAGAAAUGAAUUCUUAAAGCAUUCAGAAUGGAUGAAAAUGUGUCUUUGGACAGCUGAAGCAGGCAGAAAAUUUAGUUUGGCCAGUUUUUGCCAUUAAAGAAAAGUAGAAUGUUGGAAGAAAACUUGCAGAUGCUCUCAGCAACUAAAAGUAGUCUCCACGUCCGACCACAUUUUUCAAAGAAUUUUGUCUUACUUUUCCCAGUCUUGCAUCUUUUGUGCAUGUUUCAUUGACUGCUGCAGCUGCCAGCAUCAGUAAAUAAAGGAAUUGUAGCAAUCAUAUGUUGGCUAGUUGCUGCACAUGUGAAAAGGCAAGAGAUGUCUUGGUCAUCGAGAUACUGCUGGAUUAUGACACAUGAUGGAAGUGGUUUGGGUGUGAGUAGUUUUCGAGUUAUAGUAGGAUCCAUUACUGCAGCAGAAAAUAGAUGCAUUAGAACCUGUUCAGCAAUUAAAUUGAUGGUGUUAUUAGGAAUUAAGACCAUCAUGUGUUACUAGGUUGAUUGUCUGCAAUUUGUUUUGACGUAUUUAAGUACGAUGAAUUAAUUCCACUUCACUUUCCCUCGUAUCUUUCAAUUACUUGACCUGUUAACCAGGCAAUUGACACAUCUGUGAUGGAGAGAAAGUAUUAGAACUACAUGUUGGGUUUGAUGUGAACACUUUAAGCUGUUAAAAUUAGACAAGUAUAUUUUUUCCCAACUGCUGCACUGUGUGUAUCAGCUUUGCGUGGAUAAAUAAUGAUAGAAAUAAGUUUUGCUUCAUGAGAACACACUGGCUUUUUGUGGUGCGUUGCUUGAACUUUUUUUUAAAGUUUCUUAAAAAUUUUUAAAUGCCAUUUGGUGAAACAGCAUGGUAAUAUUUUCCACUCAGUUAAGCAGCACCUGGUAGAUCAGAAGAUUACAUGCAAGUUUUCCCUUUUGCUUUCACCCCCAUUCUUUCCCCUGCAUCCUUUCAUUUUCUUGUAUUCAUUUCCAAAGGCCUUUGUGAGCUAAUGGAGACCAAAUGCCUUAUUAGAAAUAACAAAUUGGCUGUUGACCAACAGCAGCAUAGUAUAAUGGCAAUAGGAGAGAGAUUGUGGUAAUAGACCAUAGUCCAAGCAGAGCUCAGUGUGUAGGAUGUUAAAACAAAACAUCCAUGCAUCUAGCAAUCAUAUAGUGAAUUGAAAAGUUGAUUCUCACGAAAUGAGAAUUUUUAAUCCGCUUACACCACAGAUUCAGAUGAAGGAAGUAAUUCUGCAAGUUUGAUAUUAUCAAUCCAGACCAUACCAACAAUGCUUGUGUCUUGUUUUAAAUAGUAAUUUUGUCUCAUUUCAUGUCCUACAUUACCUGUUUGUUUGUGGAAGGAGGAGUAUGGAAAUGAGAGCUUUCUUUGUCUCUAAUAUUUACUUUAAGUUUGAGUAUGAUUGUAAUUCUAAUAGGUAGACUGUCCAAAUAAGUACUCUAAGAAACAUUUUAGCACUCUGGGGAAUCACUGGGGCAUAGGGUAGUGAGUGCAGCUUCUUCAAGUAGUUUGGCAUAGCACACCAGAUACUUGGAGGGAAUACAAGAAAAACAUUCCCACAAGAACAUUUUUCCCUGUUUUAAUCGGAAAAUUCAUCUGUUUGAUGCUCAUUUUGGAAACAAUUAGCACCUAGGAAAUAUUGUUAGACUAAGUGCUGAUUUGAAAGUCUGUGUAGAACUAAUAGUGAAGCCUGUACUUAGAGGAAAGCCUUCCCAUCAAUGACCCAAAAAUAUAUUAGAUAUCAAUAUAUAAUUGUUGUGGAUAUAUGGAAUUUGCUAGGACCUUAAUUUAACAAAUAAAUAAGACAAAUGGUGAGACUGAGUAAAAUAGACCAGCCAGUUCCAGGUUUGCACUGAAUUUCCAGGCUUGUGCACAAAGAUAAUGGCUUAAACAUUGUCGAGAGAAAUGGUGAUAUGGGCCUUUGAAACACAGGAGUAGUAGUACCGGGAAUGGAGAGAGAAUAAGGAUCAGAAUGUAUAAUAUAGCCAACCAGUUAAUAAUGUUAGUCCAGCUGUACUACGGAAAUAUUGUCUUGGGACCUGUUGGGCUAAUACACGGAUGUGGUGUCACUGGGGCCAUUCUAACACGUCUAUAGUACAUUACUGUGUGUGUGUAACAGGAAGGGUGAUUAGACAAGGUAGUAUGCUGUUAACGCAAUGGAAGUUCUUGCCAUUUAGGAAGGGAUGUGCUUUCCUGUAAAGGUACAGUACGAGGGAAAAGGAGUGUACAGUUUGAAGGUCACUUUGUAAUCUCAAGUUUGAAUAUUUUUAUGUAAAAUACUUUUAGUUUAAAGUAUCUUUUUCCUGUUUUGAGAAGAAUAACUUGAACCAUAGUUUUUGUAGCAACCUUGCUCGG